AGCCGGCGUGAGCGGCUCCGGGGCUGCGGCGGCUGCUGCCCCCGGCGCCGGGGGGGGCUGCCCGGCGCCCCGCACGCCCCGCAGCCCGUGGCACAGCCAUGCCCGCUGCAGGCAACGAGCCCGACGGGACCCUCAGCUGCCAGAGACAUGAUGAAGAGGCAGUGAUUGACCAAGGAAGAACCAGCAACAUUGUCAAUAUUCACUAUGAGAGGGAGGAGCUGGAAGGCCACCGGACCCUGUACGUGGACGUGCGGAUGCCCCUGGUGAGGCCGAGCCACCGGCACCACCGGCCCCACAGCCAGAAGCACCGCAGACGGGACCGCAAGAAGAGUCCUGUGCCAGCACAGCAGGGACACCACUGCACCCCAUCCAAGAAGGUGCAGAACAUCAUCAAUUCUGAUGUGGAUGUGGAGCACACCCCCCAUGACUUGUUCACUGAGCUGGAUGAGAUCUGUGUGAAAGAGGACAAAGGUACCGAGUGGAAGGAAUCAGCAAGGUGGCUGAAGUUCGAGGAGGAUGUGGAAGAUGGUGGUGAACGCUGGAGCAAGCCCUACGUGGCGACGCUGUCCUUGCACAGCCUGUUUGAGCUGAGGGAGUGCAUUGUUGAGGGAGCAGUGCUGCUGGAUGUUCAUGCCAACAGUAUUGAAGAGAUUGCAGAUAUGAUCCUGGCCCAACAGAAACAGUCCAAUGAGUUUGAUGGCGACAUGCAGGCGAAGGUUCGAGAGGUGCUUUUGAAGAACCAUCACCAUCUGAACGAGAAGAAACGAAACAACCUUCUCCCAAAUGUCCAUUUGUUUGCUGAUGGGAGCAAGAAACAGGCAGAUGUGCACCUUGACAAGCCAGCCCAGACACCCACCCCUCAUCCUUCCCCCACCACUGCAGAAGCUAAAAAUGGGGUGACCCAUGAGAGUGGCGCCGUGGAUUUGAGCAAGGCUGACCUGCAAUUCAUGAAGAAAAUCCCCACUGGGGCUGAAGCAGCCAACGUGCUCGUGGGAGAGUUGGAUUUCCUUUGCCAGCGCAUCGUGGCGUUCGUCCGCCUGACCCCGGCUGUCCACCUCUCGGGCAUGACCGAAGUUCCCAUCCCAACAAGGUUCCUGUUUGUGUUGCUUGGACCAGAAGGAAAAGCCCAUCAGUACCAUGAGAUUGGCAGGUCCAUGGCCACUAUCAUGACAGAUGAGGUUUUUCAUGAGGUUGCCUACAAAGCCAGGAAAAGGGAAGACCUCGUGUCUGGCAUCGAUGAGUUUCUGGACCAGGUCAUGGUCCUGCCGCCGGGAGGGUGGGAUCCAUCCAUCCGAAUCGAGCCCCCCAAAAACCUCCCUUCACAGGAAAAAAGGAAGAUGCCAGGAGCUCAGGGUGACGAUGCUUCGCACAGAAAGGUGGAGAAACACGGUGGUCCUGAGCUGAAGCAGACAGGAAGGCUCUUUGGAGGUUUGAUCCUGGAUGUGAAGCGAAAAGCCCCGUGGUUCUGCAGCGACUUUCGGGACGGUCUGACCCUGCAGUGCCUGGCAUCCUUCCUCUUCCUCUACUGUGCCUGCAUGUCCCCUGUCAUCACUUUUGGAGGGCUGCUGGGGGAGGCAACCAACAACCACAUAAGUGCUAUGGAGUCGCUGCUGGGUGCCUCCAUGACUGGUGUGGUGUAUUCCCUCUUUGCUGGCCAACCUCUCACCAUCCUUGGCAGCACUGGACCUGUCCUUGUGUUUGAGAAGAUCCUCUACAAAUUCUGCAAGGAGUACACCCUCUCCUAUCUCUCCUUACGGGUGUGCAUUGGGCUGUGGACCACCUUCUUCUGCAUAGUGCUGGUGGCCACGGACGCCAGCUGCCUGGUGUGCUACAUCACCCGCUUCACCGAGGAGGCCUUUGCCUCCCUCAUCUGCUUCAUCUUCAUCUAUGAGGCUCUAGAGAAGCUGAGUCACCUGCAGCAAACCUACCCUGUGCACAUGCUCAGCAACCUUGACUUACUCACCGUCUACUACUGUAAGUGUGAAGCACCAACCCAUCCCAGCAAUGAAACCCUACGUUUCUGGGAGAGCAACAAGAUCAAUGUGUCUAGCAUCACCUGGGAAAACCUCACUGUGUCUGAGUGUCGGUAUUGGCACGGAGAGUUCCGAGGACCUGCCUGUGGACACGACGGCCCCUACACGCCCAAUGUCCUCUUCUGGUGCUACAUCCUCUUCUUCUCCACCUUUAUCCUCUCAAGCUUGUUGAAGCAGUUUAAAACCAGCCGUUACUUCUCAACCAGGGUACGAUCUACAGUGAGUGACUUUGCUGUUUUCCUCACCAUCGUCAUCAUGGUGCUCAUUGAUGUGGUGGUUGGGAUCCCGUCACCAAAGCUUCACGUCCCCCAUGUCUUCAAGCCUACCAGAGAUGACCGUGGGUGGUUCAUCAACCCCAUAGGUCCCAACCCUUGGUGGACAGUGUUGGCUGCCCUCAUCCCAGCUCUGCUCUGCACCAUCUUGGUAUUCAUGGACCAGCAGAUCACUUCUGUUAUCGUGAACAGGAAUGAGCACAAGCUGAAGAAAGGAUCUGGGUACCACCUGGAUCUUUUUGUGGUGGGUGUGAUGCUUGGAGUGUGCUCUGUGAUGGGACUGCCCUGGUUUGUGGCUGCAACUGUCCUCUCCAUCACCCAUGUGAAUAGCCUCAAAGUCGAGUCUGGCCGCUCAGCUCCAGGAGAGCAACCCAAGUUUUUGGGGAUACGAGAGCAAAGGGUCACUGGCUUGAUGAUCUUUGUACUCAUGGGCUGCUCUGUCUUCUUCACUCCUGUGUUAAAGUUUAUCCCAAUGCCUGUGCUUUAUGGGGUCUUUCUCUACAUGGGUGUGUCGUCGCUCGGAGGAAUUCAGUUCUUUGAUCGCUUGAAGCUGUUUUUCAUGCCGGCCAAGCACCAGCCGGAUUUGAUCUACCUGCGGCACGUCCCCCUGAGAAAGGUUCAUCUCUUCACCCUGAUCCAGCUCAUCUGCCUCCUCCUGCUCUGGGCCAUCAAGGUGACCCGGGCUGCCAUCAUCUUUCCCAUGAUGGUUUUGGCUCUGGUUUUUGUCCGGAAAGUGAUGGAUUUCUGCUUCUCAAAGCGAGAUCUCAGCUUCCUGGAUGACCUUAUGCCAGAAAGCAAGGAUAAGAACAACAAGAAGCCAGAUGAUGCCAAAAAUGAAGCCAAAGAAGAAGAGGAGUCCCAGGAGAUGAUGGAAGCUGCUGCUGCUGCAAAUUCAGUUCAGCUGAAACCAGGGAGGAGCAGCGAUGUGGAUGGCCCGAAGCAAAGCAGUGACAGGACUGAUCCUUCCAAGAGUAAUAUCUCAGAGGGAACAUCGAAACCAACCGUAUGGAAGGCUGUGGCUAUGAACACAGAAACACUCUGACUGCAGGGAGGGAAGAGGGGACCUUGACUUUGACGGUGACUCAGGGAUGUGCCAAGGCAGAUGCAGGAAGGAGCUGUGUUGCUUUCACUUUGGAGGAUGCCUGUGGCAGCCAGGCAGGUGUUGUCAGCCACCCUCACUGUGCUUCAGGCCUCCUGUGUCUCCAGCCCCACAGACUGAGGUGUGCUCUCUCUCAGCUGGGCUGAGCUCGGUGUCCUUCAGCUCCGUGUGUUCGUGUGUGUGUUGUUGCAGUUCUGUAGUGGUAGAGGGGCUGCCCCUGCUUUAGCAUUUUUUAAUAUCCAGUUCCUCCUCUCCUUUCCCUUUUUUCUUCUUCUUUCCCCCACCCAAAUAUAAACUCUGAAUGUUCAAACCAAUUUUCUGUUAUAUUUGAUGCAAUCUCCAUCUUCCUCAUCACAACCAGGACUUUGGUUUGGGGUCCUGGCUUUUAAUUCACUCUUGUGUCUCUUACUGGUACCAGAGGGCUGCCUUCCAUGCCAGGGCAGCAUGGAGAGUGAGUGUUGGGUGAAGGAGAAGUAUGUGCUCCCUGUGCUCCAGGUUUAUAUUGCUUUUGGGGCUCUUGUUUUGCUUUGGCUCUGCCAUCAGCUUGGAAGCUGCAGAAAUGGCUCCUUCUUGUCCCCUGGCAUUAAACUUGAUCUGAGGAAGCACUUAGAAUCAAAGACCUUGGAUACACCAUGAGGUUACAGGAGCAGCCAGGUGAGACCUGGGGCUCCAUCCUCUUGGGCUGCCACAUCCAUUGUUCCUCUACUUCCCUUCCUUUUACCUCCCCAGGGCUCUGUGUAGCUUUUUCUUCACCUUCUCCUUGCAAAGCCUCCUCUCUCACAGGGUGAGAUGAGUCAGGAGGAAAGCUGGAAGAUGCCUUUUCCUUGUCCCUUCCCCUGCCCCUCUGCAGGAAACAGUUGUGGAGCAGAGAUGGUUCUUGUGCUCUCCUCACACUCUGGGGAGUCAUUGGGCUGUGGUGUCAUGGCCAUGGAGCCUGGAAGGAGAGGACAACCCAGAGGGAAAGGUCCCCUUGCAAGUCUCUCACCUUGCUGUGGGCUUAGCCUGUGUUCCAGACUCUUGGUGUCCACAGCCUGUGCCUGAACCCUUGUGCCAUCAGCACUCACUGUGGGAACUCUGUUGGGCAUCAAACCACCCUCAAAUGACAAGGAAAAGUCAUUUCUCCUUGUGAAUAGGUGGGGAAAAGAAAGUAUAAGCUCCCUGUGUGAGGAUGAAGGUGGAGUAUUGCCAAGCAGGGCCACACUCUGUGGCUUUUGGGGGAUGGGGUUAGCAAAGUGGAGGUUGGCAGCGUGGCACAAUGAGUGUCAGAGGGUGAGGAGGCUGGUUUACAGAAUCACAGAAGGGUGAGGGUUGGGAGGGAGCUUUAGAGCUCAUCCAGUGCAACCUCCCUGCAGAAGCAGGGUCACCUAGAUCAGGUCACACAGGAACGUGUCCAGGUGGGUGUUGAAGAGCUCCAAGGAAGGAGCCUCCACAGCCUCCCUGGGCAGCCUGGGCCAGGGCUCCCUCACUCUGUUUGACCCUUCAAAUAAAGGAGGAAAAGCAAAGGCUUGGUAGAGAUGAAAGGUGCAAAGGUGCAAAGCCUGGGUUCACCUGCUGCUGGCCUGGGUCUGGCUCCCAGCACAGGGCUUGUGCUCACCACAGAAUCCCCAAAUGAUGGGGGCUGGAAUGGCCCUGCAGAGCUGCUCCAGCCCCAGCCCCUGCUCCAGCAGCUUCCCCUGGCUCAGGGGGCACAGGAACGUGUCCAGGGGGGGUUGGGAACCUCCUGAGAAGGAGCCUCCACACCCUCCCUGGGCAGCCUGGGCCAGGGCUCCCUCAGCUCAGCACCAAAGCACUUGCUCCUUGUCUUUAAGUAGCCUUUUCCACAUGCUUCUCCCUCCCCAGAGGGUGAAGGUCCUGGUGCAGGACCUGAUCAACCCCCUGUUUGGAAGCUAAACUUCAAUUCCCAUGGAUUCUGAGCACGAAGCCCGAGCUGGGUGUCGUGGUACCAACCCUGCUCCUGCCCCAGUGGCAUCAUUUGGCUCCAAAUCCAGGAAAAUGCUCGUGUUCUCUAUUUUCCUCUCCAAGAAGUGAGAGCCAGACUGGACUCUGCUCCCUCCUGGCACACACCUGGGCCAGGGGCUGAGAUGAUUUUCAGCACAGAUCUCUCCAGCUUAGAACCAAACCCACCCCAGAAGGAACACGGAGGCCUCAGACUUGGCAGCUUCUGUGGCAUUUCCUUAGUUAAGAAGCAAAGCAGCUCCCUUGGCAUGCCCCAGCCCAGCCCUCUCCUCCUUUUCAGCCUUAGGUUUGGCUCUUUGCAGGGCUACCCUUUGUUUUUCUUUCUCUAAUUGUGUUGUGAAGCAAAUGGAAGCUGAGGUCUUGUCUAAUGAGGUGACUCUGACCUCACCUGAGGCCACUCGUGGGUCCUGGCACUGUGGCUGCUGCCCCCCCUUUAAAAACCAUCCACAACCCCUUUGUUAUGGGGGGGAUUCAAUAUUUCCCUGUGCAGACAAAACAUAUGCUGGGUAGAAAGGGAAAAAACCCUCUCCAAGGUGUUCCUGGAGUCACUUUAGGACUGAAACAAUCAUAUCCUUGAAGUUACCAGUGACAAAACCCCUGUCCCAUCAAGGUGAGAUGGGUGCUGGGUGUUUUCCUUGUGUCUGGUGCCUUAAAACAGCUCCCAGAUUGCCUGUGGGCCCCUCCAAAAGGUUUCUUAAAAUGAAGGGAAUGGGAACCCAUAAGAAGGGGGAUAAAAAAAAGACAUCAAAAGGUGCUGGCACGUUAUGAUUUGUUGACAAUGGUUUUCUUUCCCCCCUUUCCCCAGUGUGCUGUGUGGAGAAAUACAGAGAUUAUUUUUGUUUCAGAGAUGCUGAGAUCUAUUUAUUUUAUU